GUUACCGGAGCGAGACACGCACAAUGCAGAUUUCUACCAUGCAUGCUGUCGGUGGAGAAGAUAAACUUUGUGGUUUCUGCACGCAGGUAGAUUCAUAACAGUCAGUACUGUGUCUGUCAAUCCAGUCGACAACAACAUUGUGUGAAUAUGAUUCUGUACGACUCAACAUUCUCGUUGGAGUAAAUAUGUUCAAGAUAAUGAUGAGCGGAUCUUCGUAGAUUUAGACCAAGUAUGUGUCUCUAAUUAGUACCGCCAAAAACCGAUUGUACAAGGGACAAGAGUGCCUCGGAACUGCAAGACACCGGUAUUGCACACGGGCCACUGGAGUUUUUUCGUGAUACAGGCGCAGAUUGACAGAAGUCUGAAAGCAAUGAUUUUGUGUUGGACGCCCUCUUUCUACAUGUAUAUCAAUGGACAGUGAGAACGUGUUGGGUGAGGUAACAAGUGCGUCUUCAUCUUCAAAGUCAGAAGGACCCCUUGAUAGCACCACACCCAUCCCAAGUAUGGACAACACAGCAGUAACUGCCAGCGUUACAGUGGUAUGCUUGAUCCUGGUAGCUGUGGGUAUCACAAUCCUGCUAUUCUGCUUGUAUCGGAGAAGAAAACAGGCCAGUAACCAGAAAAAGGCUGAAGGAGGACGACCUAAAAGUGGCCAUGGAUCUAGUACAAUGCGAUCAGAUAAAAGUGAUCAUCACUAUGAGUUCCCAUCCUCGCCUCCGAACCUUAAAGCUGACCCUAAAUCCUCAAAUCCGGGUGAUGCUCAAAGUAGCGACCCCUACGUAACGCUCGCGGGACAGUCCUUACCCCACCACUACCAAGGGCUGGGUCAGAAGUCCCCACUCCCAGACGACUCGGACUACGAUCUACUCAUGGUGUCGACGGAAAAAACCAACAGCGACUACUAUUUCAAGCUCGAACCAGGGUCAUUGAACAAUACCGGACUUCGAACCGGAGUUCAGUCAGGGGUUCGACCAAGGGUUGACCCGACGUCGACGGAUCCCGAAGAUGCGUAUGAUCUGGUCCAAAUCAUGAACACGACGGGAAACAAUGCAAACCAAAAUCAAAAUGAAGAUGACGUGACUAACCGCAAAGACACGGGCGAAGGUGAUGACGAUAACCCGUAUUAUUUUAAGGUGGGGGGAUCUAAAGGAGGAAGCUUCCAUACCGCUCCAGUAUCCUUCCGUGAUGCUAAGCAGCCUCAUGGUAAGGGUCUUCCUUCAGAGAAAGGCGACGAGGCAAACCGGAGGCCAGCACUCGCUGCUAAACCCGAUUUUCCCACGAAACCGAAGGGUUCUGUCGAUGAAAGCGCCAGCUACGACAAACUCGAUCGAUCGGCCAUCCCAACGCCGAACUCGGAAGACAUCAAUGCGAACGAAUACAACAAACUUUUACCGCGGUUGGCCGUCCAGUCAAACAACUCGGAUCCGACGUCGAGUGACGGUUAUCUGAAGGUGAAAGUAGGGAAUGGCACAACUAGCGUCCACGAUGAAGCCGACGAUUAUGACAGUCUCAGGGAGGUCGACGACUACAAUAAGCUGGACAGGGGAGUGGAGAGAGAAUUUGACAGUCAAGUCGUUUCGGACAAGAACUCGUCAUCCGCCUAGAACAGACUGCCAUGAUGAUUGACACACUGGUUAAAUUAGGAAUCCAGACGCACUAUCAUUAUUUAGCAUGCUAUGAUCAGUACUCAAUGUUGACGGUGUGGUGAAAAAUAUAUUCAGGAACUUGAAACAUGUAUGCAUGUGUUAUGAACAGUACUUAACAUUUAAAUAGGGAGACGUUUGUGGCCUGAAUUUGCCGGUGUCACUAAUUUUAUAUUGUAAAGUUGUUCUGGGGAUCUGCGGAAAUAUUAGGCACUUGUUGCUACUACAUUCACUUUUCCUGCUUGUCAUUAUUAUUUAUUCAUAUGUAAACUUGACACAAUCGUAAAGGCUUUCGAGAGAUCAUCCCGAGGGUAAUUUCAGUACUCUAUUUUAUACCCUACAUAAAUCAUGUAUGCAAAGUAAAUUUCAUCCAUAGAAAUGUCAUUUUGCAAAUUAUAUAAGUCAAAUAGUUGGUAUCCAAAUGCUCGGGCGAAAUACAUGCUUAAAAUAAAAUACUUUAAUAAGCAUGCUUGCUCCAAGUUGUUUUCGAAAGUUUUGCGACCAUGAUUUGUAUAGUUGCCUUAGAUUUCUUUGUUCCUAUUAUGGCGGUUUAAUUGCCGCAUUACAAUAAUGUGUAAUAUAUGAACAAGGCUUACGAGGUAGCAAUUAAGUCUUUUAUGCUUGUUGUUUAGGGUGAUUUCUUCGUGACGGGCUCUUAUCUUGCCAUAGUUACAGUGUCUCUUUUACAUAUACUUACAUGUAUUUUAAGCUAACGUUCCGCCGGGUGUGGCGGCCAAAUGAUAUUUUUAGAGUUUGAAAGGCGAGCUGAGGAGAAAUUUCGAUUCUUUUUAACCAAGCCGACAAGGGCUCUGGCGGGGAGGCACUCAUGCCUCGGGUAACCAUCUAACUCUUCACCUUUUCUCCAUUGUUCACUUACUUGCCUUUAAAUCUAGUAUAUAUGCAU